AUGAUGAUGAUCAUUGCGUUCUGCAUGAUCGCAUUGAACAACACGGUGCGCACGCUGUUCGAGCUGCUGGCGACGGGCGUGCUGAUUGAGUGGUGCGCCGCGUCGUGCGGCGUGAUGCUGUCGACAAUGUUCCCGUCGUACACGGUGGCCAUGUCGGUGGCGGGCCCGAUGCUCACCGUGUUGUCGCUGGUGGGCGGGAUCUACGCGAACGUGGGCGAGUUGCCCGUCUGGAUCAGCUGGAUGCAGUAUAUCAGCUGGUUUAAGUGAGUCGUUGAGAGGGGGGAUUUUGGAAAAAAUGGCGAUUUUUUGUCGGAAAAUGAGGUUGAUUUUUGCCAUUUUUAGAUAUGGAUUUGAAGCGUUUGCUAUCAUUGAAUGGACCGAAAUGGAAACGGAUGGAUGUGUGAUCCCGGUUCAGCAUUUGGUGGGUUUGGAGGUGAAGGGCUUUGGAGAUGGGUCAAGUACUACAUUGGGGAACCUGAUCCAGUGGCAAAAAGCGUGCCAUUUUGCAUCCGGGAAGUAUCAAAAAUGUGGCAAAAUGCUUCCCUCUCCAAGUGAAAAAACUUCGUUUUAAAGGGCGUCCUUUUUCCUCAAAAAAAGAGAAUCUGAGUUUUGAAAUCUGAGUUUUUUCACUUGGAGAGGGAGGUAUUUUGCCACAUUUUUUGAUGCUUCUUGGAUGCAAAAUGGUACGUUUUUUGCGACUGGAUCAGGUCCCCCACUGUAGUCGUUCCAGAAAAUUUUCCCAACAAAAUCCAACAACAAUUCCAGGAGUCCACCACGACCACGAUCUCCAAUCGCUCCGCAACGGAGGCGUGCUUUGGAGCCGACCAAAUUUUGGAUCUCUAUUCGCUGAAACGCUCCAAUUUGGCGUUGGACGUUGGCGUUAUGCUCGGGUUUAUCACCGUGUUCUCGGUGAUCGGGCUGCUCGCUUUGUUUAUCAGACUCAAGCUUUCCCGCUGA